UUUGCACCGAAGCAAUACGCAACAAGUUAUAGGCGAUACACAAUAUCGUAUGGUAUACAUAUUCAUGGCAAAGCAGUCAAGGUGUUAGUUUGUGAAAAUGUUAGUCAAUGAUCAUUGACAGCCACAUAUUCUAUAAUUUUCAGCAACUUAAUAGUUGUUCGUCAGUAGCUUUAUUACUGACUAUGCGAAGUGGUUCAUUGGAUGAUACAGUAAGCCUAUCAAGCAAACCCCAUCUACAGUGAUAUGCGUAUGUUCAACUUGGUGAUACAGUAGAAAAGUUGCUUUCAACAUGGCACUGAGCAAUAAUUUUAAAAGCUAUAUCACUGUCGUUCAGGAGAGAAUGCUUCUUAUUGUAAUGCGUGUUAUUCCUGCAAGUAGUAUGUAUUGUGUGUCGCCUGUUGCUUAUUGAUGGUUGCUUAGGUAUGAAUUCUGUAAAGGGAAUACUUGUAGACAGUUAAUAAUUAAAAAUCAAAUUAGUGAACCUUCCUGAAGAAGGCAAAUUCAGGCUCAAACAAUCAUUGUGAUCCAUCCUGGAUCACUCUAUCUUCGUAUUGGUCGAGCUUCUGAUCUCAAUCCUCAUACAUUACUUCAUGUUGUUGCAAGAAGGCGAUUGCCAUCUGGGGCUCUUCAUCAUGAUACAUUCCUCCCUCAACAGGUUCCAAAGGUAGGAAAUACAAAAGAGCUGGUUCAAGGGAUGGAAGAUUCUAGACUUCAGGUGUCACAUACACUACAGUCAUGCUUACAGUCUGAUGGAAGAAGGCGAUAUGCAACACCUCCACAACAAAUAGCUGCAUUUAACAGACGUUCAAGUCCUGAAGUUAUAAGUAGUUCAGGAGGCGAGUGGAUUAAACCAGAUGGGGAUGUUGUUGUAGGAGAUGAGGUGCUGUACCUGAAUGCAGGGCAGGAUUUUAACAUACAUUUUCCUUACCAACGUGGAGACCUGUAUGUUCAUUCAGGUCCAGGUGGAUCUAUCACUGCUGUCCUAGCAAACUUAGAAACAAUAUGGACAUGGGCCAUCAGACACCGCCUUGAGAUCCCACUCAGAGAUCUGAGGCAUUAUAAAGCUGUGCUUAUUGUUCCGGACAUCUAUAAUCGACAGUACCUGAAGGAACUCACAACUCUGCUACUCUGUAAAAUUGGCUUUGGUGGUUGUUUCCUCCUCCAGGACCAUGUAGCUGCUACAUUUGGAGCUGGCCUAGGAUAUGCCUGUGUGGUGGAUGUGGGUGAUCAGAAGACAUCAGUUUCCUGUGUCGAAGAUGGCAUCUCACAUCGUAACACUAGGGUGCGUAUGGAAUAUGGUGGUGGUGACAUCACACAGACUUUUUACUGGCUGCUGCAGAAAUGUGCAUUUCCUUAUAAAACAUGCAACCCAGACAACAAGCUUGAUGCCAUGUUGCUGAAGUCCCUAAAAGAAAGCUUCUGCCAUGUUAACUUGGACAUCUGUGGAUCCCAGGAAAAGACAUUUGUGGUUCGGCAACCAAAAACUCCAACUUCGAAGUUCACUUUGCAGGUUGGAGAUGAGUGUAUUGUGGCACCACUGAGCUUAUUUCAGCCUGAACUCUUUGGAGUGACAGGACCAAAAUUAGUUCACAUCCAGCAGAGAGCUAGUGGAGAUCCUGAAGAUCCACAUGAUGAGAAUUACCUCCGAGAAACAAGUCGUCGUGGUAUGAAGGAAUCACUGGAGCCUCUGGCAGGUGGCCUAGCUGUAGGUGAUCUGGAUGGUUUGACUCCUGGUUUAGACUGCAGUGGAGGAGUGGUGCCUGGGGAAGAGGAUAUUGUUGUCGAUGCUAUUGAUUCCACUGCUCCAUCUGGUGGCAGAGAAGGUGAUGCCAAGGAAUUUGUGUUGGGGCCAGAACAGGCACUAGGAUUAGAUCAAGCUGUGUUGCAGAGCAUUGACAGAUGUCCUACGGAAGACCUGAAAAGGAAGAUGUACGGAUGUAUACUUGUAGUUGGAGGUGGAAUGAAAUUCAUUGGAAUUGGAACGUGGCUACAAAACAGGAUUUCACUGCAAAUUCCAUACAUGUACAGAGCUGAACAACUGGACAUCAUAACGAUGCCUAAGGAGAUGGAUCCUCAGAUGACAGCAUGGAAAGGAGCAGCUAUCAUGUCUUGUUUGGAAUCAGCACAAGAACUCUGGAUCUAUCCAGUUGAAUGGGAAAAGGUAGGUGUCAAAAUUCUACGGGAACGAGCUCCUUUCAUGUGGUGAGGAAAAUAAUGUGUAGUGAAUCAAGAACUGUGCAGGAGGAAAGUAAAUGUGCUUCAUUUUUUAAGGCAUUAAUGUGCUCAGAAAGGAAUGCAGACUAUGCAUGAGUUGUGAUACGAACUGUGACUCUGUGGUGAGAUGUGGAGCAUUCUUCUUUCAUGUGGUGCUUUGAGGAGUACAUUCACAGAAUGUAAAAAGAAAUGUAUAACUAUUUGCAUUAAAAAGUAUGAACUAUAAAAUCUUACAUUAUUAUUAGGCCUGGAGCCAUUUCAGGUUUUAUUGCUAGUAAGGGAAAUUUCAGGUAUUUGUAACAGUUAUAUAUUUAAAGUAAGAUUUAUCCAGACUUUGUAAAUUAAUCUUAAUAUUAACAUGACAGUUUUAAGUUAGCAGAAAUCUGUAUAAAUUAGCCAUUAAACAGUUGGUUCAUAGGCAAUCUACUGUUUGCCAUUCAAAUA